CUUUUAUUACACAGUUAAAGUUAAGUUUUACUCAUAUAUAAUAUAAAUGUAAUAUAGCUAUACUUUUUUUUACUUAAUGCAAAAGGCAAACCUUACAUAUAAUGAACAAUAAUUUAUUCUACUACACCGACUAUAAAUAUUGUAUCAAAAUACUUUUAGACAAACAAAAAGUCAAUUUUAUCAACAUUAAUCUCUCAAUUUAAUUUGUUCACUACCAUACCGUCUUUCAAUACAAUUCAAAGAUGAAAAUACUAUAUCAAAACUCUAUACAUCAAAGCCUAUUAUAGCCUUUCCUCCAAAAAAAAAAAAAAAAAAAAAAAAAAAAAAAAAAAAAAAAAAAAUAUCUUAUUAUAGCCUUCCACCUUAUAUCAACCCCUUACAUUCUUCCUCAAAAUUCUUGUUGUAAAAGAUGGAAGCACAACAAGGAGAAAGACUUGAGCUGCUUACAACUCGGCUAUACGAUGCAGCACUUACAGGAGACGUACCAUCGUUGCGCAACUUGCUCCAACAAGAUCCACUUAUCCUCGAUCGAUGCAUCAUCGAGAAAUCAAGCCGUUUUAUGCAGUCACCAUUACAUGUGGCCGUUAAUCUCGGGUACUUAGAGUUUACAACUGAGGUUUUAAAUCGAAAGCCCGAGCUAGCAGAAGAGCUUGAUCAACUAAAAAGAUGGUCACCACUACACAUGGCCUCGGCGAAAGGGUACUUGGAGAUAGUUAGUGUGUUGUUAACUGCAAAUCCAAACAUGUGUUUCGCCCGCGAUAUAGAUGGUAGGAACGCAGUCCAUGUUGCGGCUAUAUACGGUCAAUUUCAAGUGGUUGAAGAGCUUCUUAGGGCCAAGCCACAGGCUGCGCGAGAGCGGACUACUAGCGGUGAAAGUAUUUUGCACUUGUGUAUGAAACAUAGUCAGCCAGAGGUACUUAGAUUUUUGGUACAAACAAUGGGAGAUGGUCAACUGCUUAACUCCAAGGACAGCGAUGGUAAUACCGUUUUACACCUAGCAGUGGCUGCAAAACAUUACGAGACUAUAAAGCUCUUACUAAAGGAAAAGUGGACGGAGAAAAACGCAAUCAACACUAAUGGCUUAACAGCAAUGGACAUGUACAUCCAAAGUAAGAAAGAGGCUCGUGAUGGCGGAAUUUGGUUAGCCUUAAGGCGUGCCAAAGUGUUAGAAGCAAAAAAAUUGUUAAAACCUAAAAAAAGCAGUCGCGAUUGGUUGGAUAAGCAACGUACUGCUCUUAUGGUGGUGUCUUCACUAAUAGCCACUAUGGCUUUCCAAGCCGGAAUUAACCCUCCUGGAGGCGUAUGGCAAGAUAACAACGAUGGUCAUAAGGCAGGUACAUCGAUAAUGGCACAUAUCGAGGAAGGAAAACAACAUAACCAAGGAAUAUAUGAUGCAUUCCUCGUCUCCAACACAAUAGGACUAGUCUCAUCUUUAACUGUCAUAGUUCUUCUUAUAAGUGGACUCCCUUGUAUGAGGCUCGUCAUGGGACUUUUGAUGUUAACCAUGUGGAUCGCGGUAACAGCAACAACCAUGACUUACAUAUCCUCUAUUUACUUCCUUGGGACCUCCAAAGAGAGCCUAAACUCCUUUAAAGAAGAUCUGAUAUCGAGCAAAAAUCAUCAUCUUGUUCAAAACACAAUAAUUACUGCGAGUGUUGCUUGGAUUUUCUUGCUAGGACUACUUAUCCUCGGGCAUGUCAUUCGCCUCUUCUAUAAAUUGAUCAAGCAAAUAGUACGGCUGGUAAUAGGAGGAGUUAGACGUUGUUCCGUUAGGCCUAGAUACCAUCUACAAGUUUAACAUUGUAACUUGUACAGUGUACUAUACAUACCAUGUGAACAUAUGUUUGUCUAGAUGAUUUUCAGGUUUUUUGGCCUUGAUAUGAAAUGCAUACAUCGAUUGCUUGCUAUUUCA